AUGGCUGCCGCGGCGGACCCCUGCAGAGCCCUGUCCUCAGACCUGUCAGUUAUCAGUCGCCUCCUCCACAGGUCGCAGCAGGGACGCAGCAGAGACCGGCCCUCCGUGCUCCCGGUGCGGGCUCCUCAGCGCUGUGACGUCUCGCUCCUGGACCCCUGCUGUGGUCACCUCAGCCCAGGCUCCGAUCUGAAGCUCCGCCCCUUCAUCGCUCUCCCACAUGUGACCUCUGACCUGUGGGUUCCUCCAGGACUGAGGCAGCGAGGCCGGACCGCUCUGCCCAGGACCGUGAGCCUCAGCCUGGACACGGCUCCGGAGAAGUCCUGGAACUCACGCAGGGAGCACCACGCCGCGCUCAGGGCUCGGGUCUACGCUGAUCCCGAUGCAGACCCGCCUCGACACGUGGCCCAGGCUCUGUCCAGUGGAGUCUCUCUCAGAGCAGAACCACAGCCUCAGAUCUGUGAGGAGGAGGUGGACCGAAGGGGAAGAGAGAGGCUCCUGACGGUGAAGUGGGGGUUGAAGGAGGACAAGGAGCCGUCCUCUGCAGAGUGGGUUUCUGCUGCUAUUCGACAUUUCACCUACACUUCAGCGACGCAGAGGAGUUACGAGGAGGUGAACUGGGAUGGGAAGUUGCCACGGCGACUGAAGGCUCCAGAAAGCACCUUAGAAAUGGCGGCCGACGCGGUGAGAGUCCCGUCGACCAGAAGAUACCAUGAGAGGCCCCAGCGCUGGCAGUCUGAGGGAGCGGAGUGGGACCAGCGGCAGCUCCGAUCCCAGGAAGACGUCAGGAAACCCAUCUCUUUCUGCAGUGGAUGUCCCCGCUCUGGACAGAUCCCCAACUACACAGGGGUGGUCGGUUCCACUCGGCCUCAGGACAUUGACGAUGCAGACAGAGGUUUCUCUCCUCUGACCAUGAGGAGGAGUCAGCAGCCUCCGUACACCCCCACAGCACGGUGA